GAACUGUUUUUCAGCCAGUGGAAUAUUGCUCUCCUGUUUUGAUCUUCUGGUAUCUAUCUUGACAGAGUGUCACCAUAUUAUACAGACACUGCCCCAUUUGGAACACACUUAAGUGUGGAAAACAUCCAUAUCCUGAGGCACCCCACCUCACCCUCAAUCCCAGCAUUCCUGUCCAGGCCAUCAACACAGGAUGAAAUUGUCUUGAAAUUGCAACUGUGCUUCAUUUCCCAACAAUGUUGCUCUAUGUAUACAAUGAUUCACCUAAUUUUCCACCCACUACUAAUAACAGAAAGUGGUGAAAAUAGAAGAUUUCUGCAUUUUAUUCUCACAAUUAUAAGGAGCAUUUUUGCAUACAGGCUAUAGUCAGUUUUGUUAUCAGGUUUUUUUAAAUGGCAGAGGUAGCAUCUGCCAGACAGGAGUUGGAAGUGAGAGAAGUGGGCGAGGAAAUCCACAGUCACUGACAUGUGUAGUAACUCCUGAGGAACUGAUAUGGAAUUGUGGCCAUCCAGAGGCACCAGUGUCAUUUUGACACUUGACACAUGAAUUUCUAGACAGAUCUGGGUUACUGGCUACCUAUACCUACACCUCGGCAUUCAAGCACCAGCGAGCAUCCAAGAUGGGCCAGAAGCAGGAAGACAGGCUGUCUGCAGAGCAGAAGGGAAGAGGGAAAUGGAAUGCAGCGGCUACACAGUUUGCAGCACACGCUUGUCCAUCUCCUCGUACUGCAGAGCACAGACAGGCCCUGCUGCUGUCCGUGCAGUGUCCCAAACCCUGCUGUGAGGAAUGUCACCAGCCAUUCCUGGGACAGGAGACGGGACAGCCCCCGGCAGUGUCCGGGGCAGUGCGGUCCCAGGGGGAAUCGCCUCUCGGAUGUUCCGGCUGCCAGGGGCACUCAGCGCACGGCGCCCUUCACCGCACAGGCUCUGGCAACUCGGAGAAACAGGCAGCUCGAAUUCAAGCUUGACGUAUUGUGUGUCCGUGAAGAUUAACCAGCUUUAAACGUAUGCUCAUAAGCCUAAUGCAGCCGCACCAACGCUGUUGCAUUUAUGUUUUAUUUCUCUCAAACAUAUACGGGAUAUUCCUGUUUUCUGUAGUCAAAGUCAGCAAUGAAACACUUGACUCCCUCUGGCAUCUUUUAUAUUAAAAAGGAUUUAUCAUUGUAAUACCUGGUCUUAUAGAGGAUCGGUUAAGGGCAUGCUUCACAUUAAAUGCUUGAUGAUUCUGAAGUCAACAAAACUGAUUUUUUUUUUUUUAAUUCCGCCGUUUAUGACCGAAAAGAGGAUGAAAACUUUCGUGGCCCGAGGAAGGCGUUUACCCUGGGAUUGUCCUGAGGUCACUGCGGGAGGUCGAGGCAGCCACAAGCCGCUCCCCCCCAGAGAAAGGGGGAGCUGACGAUGGGAUGAGGACAUCCCGACUGAGGCAGCAACGCCCGCCACGGUGUCCCCCGGUGAUCCCAUAGCCGUCCCGCCCUCUGGGAGGGACUCCGCCCUCACUCAAGAUGGCGCCCGCAGUGUCUCCGACGGGCUCUGACGUCAGCGCGCCCAUGGUGAAGAUGGCGGCUGUUUACCUGCGGCCUCCGCGGAACUUGCCCUUGUCCAACAUGGCUGUCGCUGCCCGAUUACUUCCGCUGGCAGCGGCGCGAGUUUGCCCUCAGUAGAGAUGGUGUAGCGCAGCGCGGAGAGGGCGGGGUGUGCCGGUGCCUGCGGUGAGGGGUCAUAGGGCACUGCUGUUAUGUCCUGGGUACAAGUUGCAGUCAGCCAAUCCAAUGAGGAUAUAUUUGAUGAAGAUGCAGAUGAGAUGUAUCUACUACAGAAGGAAUGGAACAGCACUAUGAAAAAGAGAUUGAAGGAAGGCUAUAGGGAUGGAAUUGAGGCCGGGAAAGAACUUGCACUCCAGAGAGGCUUUAAUCAAGGUUACAGACAUGGUGCCGAGCUGAUGAUUACAUGUGGCCAAUUCAAAGGAACCCUGAAUGCUCUCCUAACCUGGUGUCAUUUUAAUGGACAUGAUUCUGCUUUAAGUACAAUAAAUAAUCUUCUUGAUGUGGUUCGAAAGCACGAAGAUGAUAUGCUUAAGUAUCUGAAUUCUGCUGAAGAACAGCGACAGCCACAUCUUGGACACAUUUUAGACUCAGUUCAGGACAUGGACCUUAAUCACACAGCUGGGACAGAGUACAAGGAAGUUAAAGACGGAAAACAUGAAGACUGUGGCAGCUCCAGUGAAAACAUUUGUAGGAAUAAUGGUGACAUUGGGUCCUUGCAGUCUGAGUGCAGCAAGACAAACAUCUGCACAGAUCCUGAGAAGUCAACCCUUGCUUGGGUUAAAAAGCAGACUGUUUGGUUAGUGGAGCAACUGGGCUUAUCACUGGAUAUACUCCAUCAUGUCCAGCAACUGGAACAUUAGUUUUUCUGUCUCAUGGUACUUAAAACUAUCGCAGCUGAUUUUGAUUCUUAGUUUGUGGGCCAUGUACAGGCUGAUGCAUCACUUUUGUUUUAGAAAAAUAUGAUUUUGGUGCUUUACAGUAGAAACAAUUUUUGUAAGUCUUCAUCAUGAUUUUGGCUCCUGGCAAAACCCUUCACUUUCAAUCUUAAAGGUAAUAUUCACAGAAAGGGGCAAUGACUUCAAAGCUUUACAAAGAGUUACUGAACAUGGUUCUGUUUUAUGUCAGGAGCUCCCAUCUCACCUUUAUUUUUUUAUUGGCAGCAGUUUGGAAAUGAAGUGGGUCCCCUCUAAUAGCUCCUCUAGGUUGGUCCCCUCCGGUAUCAAAAGAAUAAAUGCUCAGUGCUAUGGAAAUGGUCAGUGUUUUUGCAGAAGAAGCUGCUAUUGAUGAUACACUGUGUGCAAAAUAGAACAUGAUCUGCUGCUGAUUCCUGGAGUGCUGUGACUUUCUAGUCACCUUUUAUCAAAUUCAUUAUGUUAUCUUUUGUACCCGUGCUGCAAUGCACUUUCAUUGAUAAAAACUAUUUUCCCUCUUUAUAUAGUUACAUUUGUCAUUUUUGCUGAAAACACCAUUUUCUUCAAAUUGCAGAAUUGCUGACAAUUCUAUUGUUUUACUCUUAGACAUCUACUCUUACCAUGUAAGACCACACUAAGCAAGCUUCCAGUCUAAUGAACAUCCUUGUGUUAUUUUUGUAUUUAUUUUGUCAAUCCAUCUAGCCUGAACUCUUUACCACAUUCCAAUAAUGUUUUUCUCAAACUCUUCAAGGAAGCCUUAGAACCUCUUAGAAACACAUCAGCCACACAUGCCUAUUUUUUAUUAUUUCGUAUUUCGGUAACUAUUCUAUAUUUGACUUGCUUUCCCAUUGCUUCCCUGAACUGUAGCUGUAAAUUGCUCAGGAAGUUUUUUCUUUGUGAAUGCCUCUGUUUUACGUUAAUUAAACUGAUUUAUAGUAAGUUA